UUUCCGUACCAACCCAUGCCUUUGCACAUGUAAACCCCUUUCCACUUCCUUUCACAAGUAGCCACUGGGGUAAAGAUGCCUCAGAAGGGAGCAAUUCAAGCUGUCCAAGUGUUUGGGCGUAAGAAGACAGCCACUGCAGUUGCCCACUGCAAGCGCGGCAAGGGACUCGUCAAGAUCAAUGGCCGUCCUAUUGAGCAGAUGGAGCCAGAAAUUCUCAGAUACAAGCUCCAGGAGCCCAUGCUUUUGCUAGGCAAAGAGAAGUUUGCUGGUGUUGACAUCCGAGUGCGUGUGCGCGGAGGUGGUCAUGUUGCACAGAUCUAUGCUAUCAGACAAGCCAUCUCCAAGUCACUGGUUGCUUACUACCAGAAAUACGUAGAUGAGGCCUCAAAGAAGGAGAUCAAGGACCUUCUGGUUGGCUAUGACAAAAGCCUGCUCGUUGCCGACCCCAGACGCUGUGAGCCCAAGAAGUUCGGAGGUCCAGGUGCCAGAGCAAGAUUCCAGAAAUCAUACCGUUAAUUUAUCUGUAUGCUGUCUUAUUAAAGAAAAAAAGUCGA